UUCGCGAACUCCUUGUCGACCUCGGCAUGAUUCCGCCUUUGAACAGGUCAACAUUAAUCGAACCAUGGCGUCUUUCCACCGCUUCGCUUUCUUCCCCUCUCGUAUUUCAUACAUUUCAUAUUAUGAUCAAAAUCAUUAACGUGCUCUCCUUGUUUGUUUAGUUUUUUGUUUUUAAUUAUCCGCUACGUGAAGAUGAUUGCUUCGACGAUGAUCGUCUCCUGGACAGGGACCCAUCGUCACGCGAAUUUAGUGACACUUCCGGGUUUAUAUUCAUAUAUCAUUUUCUUGAGCUAUUGAUUUUCUUUCGACUCUACUUUGGCCUUAGUUUUCUUGUAUAAAGUACAAUCAAGUUACAACUUUUUUUUAUUCUAAAAGUUUCAUGAUUGAGUCACGCAAAGAUGACAACUAACGUGACUACUAUAAAAUUGGAGGGUAAUCAGGAAACCGUAACGGAAAUACAAACUUACCUGGAAACCUUCAACAAGGAAAUAGAAGGUGGCCAGGGUGAACAAUUUCAACAUGUCCAGUUACAACAAGUCGAAGGUCUUUCUGGUGGCGAAGAAGGUGGAACGUACUUCGUUGAUCAGUCAGGACAAUAUUAUUAUCAAGCCAGCGGUGAUGACACACCUGUAAUGACCCAAGUUCAAAUACAGGAAGUCGAGGAUACUGAGGGACAAACUGAAGGCGACACUGCACCAGAUGAACAAUAUCAAGAACUCGAAGAAUUAGAACAAGUCGAAGGCGAAAAUGGACAAGCGGUUAAUGCAACGAACAAUCAAGUCGUAUUGAAUUCAAACGAUGCAUAUCAAACGGUGACAAUUGUUCCCUCGGACACUAAUCCAGGUGAAGUGAGCUAUGUCCUCAUAGUUCAGCAACCCGAGACUGAUGAGAAACCAAAAUGCGAUAAUGAGGCAGGAGAGGGCGAGGAGGGCGAUGGUGAACAGGACCUCACUGUUUAUGAUUUCGAGGAUAAUGAGGACAAUGACGCCGCAGUUGAAUCCGAAACAGAGGAUGAUAAAACUAAAAUAGUCAAAUACAUUCCCAGAAAGUCACAAACUGUUACACAAGCACACAUGUGUAAUUAUUGCAAUUACACAAGUCCUAAGAGAUAUCUUUUAUCUCGACAUAUGAAAUCUCAUUCAGAGGAAAGACCACAUAAAUGUAGUGUGUGCGAAAGAGGUUUCAAGACUUUGGCAUCACUUCAAAAUCACGUUAAUACACAUACCGGGACCAAACCGCAUCAUUGCAAAUUUUGUGACAGUGCAUUUACAACGUCCGGUGAACUUGUAAGACAUGUUCGGUACAGACACACUCAUGAAAAGCCGCACAAAUGUCACGAGUGUGAUUACGCUUCUGUUGAACUGUCGAAACUAAAGCGACACAUUCGUUGUCAUACUGGAGAACGACCUUAUCAGUGUCCACAUUGUACUUACGCGAGUCCCGAUACUUUCAAAUUGAAGCGUCAUUUACGAAUUCACACUGGUGAGAAGCCAUACGAGUGUGAUAUUUGUCAGGCGAGAUUCACACAGUCUAAUAGUUUGAAAGCCCACAAAUUGGUUCAUAAUGUUGGUGACAAGCCGGUUUUUCAGUGUGAGCUUUGUCCGACAACGUGCGGACGUAAAACGGAUCUUCGUAUUCACGUGCAAAAAUUACACACUUCGGACAAACCGUUAAAAUGUAAACGCUGUGGAAAAACAUUCCCCGACAGGUAUAGUUACAAGCUUCACAGUAAAACACACGAGGGCGAGAAAUGCUAUAAAUGUGAUCUCUGUCCUUAUGCAUCAAUAUCAGCGCGUCACUUGGAGAGCCAUAUGCUUAUUCAUACAGAUCAAAAGCCAUAUCAAUGCGAUCAUUGUUAUCAGUCAUUCAGGCAAAAGCAACUCUUGAAACGACAUUGCAAUUUAUAUCACAAUCCUUCUUAUAUUCCUCCGCCACCGCAGGAGAAAACGCAUCAGUGCCCAGAAUGCGAGAGACCAUUCAGGCAUAAAGGUAAUCUUAUUCGCCAUAUGGCUGUGCAUGAUCCUGAGUCAUCAUUACAGGAGAAACAACAGGCCUUGAAAAUGGGAAGGCAAAAGAAGAUUCAAAUUAUUGACGGUCAACGAGUUGAAGUUAUGACAGGUGAUUUGGCUUCUAAAUUAAGAGGGUAUGAAGACGAUGACGAAGAGGAAGAGGAAGAAGAGGAGGAGGAAUUGGAAGAUGAGGAAAUGAUGGCCGUUGAAGGAACAGACGGUCAGCAAUACGUUGUUCUAGAAGUUAUUCAACUUGCCGAUAAUCAAGGAACAGAUCAGCAAAUGGCUGUCGUGGCCAACGAGGACGGCGAUAUUGUAAUGGAGGAUCCUCUCAGUCAAGACAACAGCAUUGUCGCCGACGUCUCUGGCGAAUUAGAUGCCGAGGAGGAAGACACUUCGUUAGGCGAUUUGAAAUUGCAACCACAACUUACGAGAAACAAAUCUGAAUCACAGUCUUCGCAACACGAUCCGAAAUUGCGCAAAGACAUGGAAAAUUGCUUUGGCUUCGAUGAGGAAGAGGAAGAUGAGGAUGCAAACAGUGAGAUGCAGUUAUUAGAUACCAUAUCGUAAUGUCCGUCAUAGUGAGUAAAGGAUGUACUCAAAAAUAGUUAAGUAUAUUUCUCAUCCAGUAUCAGUGUAUAAAAUAUUAAAUGGUGAAAUAUUGAGAGACUGUGGAAACUGUAUACAUUUGUAGGUACUAUUAAACUAAUUUAUGGGCGUAACAUGUUAGUUGAUAGUUUUAAGAAAAUGUAAAUCCAUCAAAUGAAAAAAAAAAAACAAUCGCUAGAAAUUAGGAAUUUAAUUCUGCACUUUAACUGAAAGAUACUUUUUUCAAAAUGUUUAUUAGUAAAUAUAUCAAUAGUUUAGAAAAGCGUCAAUUUCACUUUAAUAACAAGAAAAAACAGUUAUAAUGGAAUUUAACUGAAGUAUUAAUAUUAAUAUUAAAUGGUAGAUAGUUAUAAUUAUUACAAAUCAUUUAAUAUUAAAACAAUCUUCGUUAAAUCGUAGAAAAAUUUAAAAAUUUUCACCGGGUGAAUAAAAAAAAGAAUUUGUUUUUAGUGUUGCUUAGAGAAAAAGAGCCUAAUGUGUUACCUCAACAUUCUGGAUGUAAAUAGCAGCUUUUCCAUACAUAUAAAUAUAUUAUAUAUUAUAAAUAUUUGUUCGAAAAAAAAGGGUAAUUGUAGCUGAAAAAACUAAUCAAAUUUACGAUACAUUACAUUGUUGUCUUGUCUCAACGAUUUUGAAUGGAUUAUUUAGAAUCUUUCAGUGGCGAAAAGGAACUUGUGUCGUAAAUAAUUGCCUGAAGUUUAAGAAAAGGGGAAAGAUUGUAAUAAGUUUAAUCAAGUUUAUAUUGAGAGAAAUUUUUUUUUUCUUUUUAUGAUUUUAGAUGAGCGACGUGUGUUAAUGAAUGAAUGAAACGAGGAUAUCAACUUCAGCAAUUAAUUCUUUUGUGAAGCACAUUUCAUUUUAUUUUAUGCCCAAGAAAAAAAGAAAAAUGUGAGUAAAUUGUUUGUUUUAAUAUAUUUCAGUUUUUACAAAUUGGAAAUUGAUAAAAAAAUAGAAAUGAAAUGUGAAUUAGUAACAAGUAACAAACCAUUAAGUUUAUGGUUUAUUAAUAACAAAAAAAAAAAGAGAAAAGGAAAAGUAAAAAUAAUUUUUGAAUAAUGGAAAAAUUUUUCUUUUCUUUAAUUUAUUUCUUUUAAAAAAUUGAUAACAUUUCCUUUUCUCAAGAAUUGAGUGUAAUAUUUUUUGAGUUUAAAAAGAAAGCAAAAUAAUAUUGUAAUAGCAAUACGAGAAAAAAUGGUAUGAAUUAUAUUAUUAUUUUUUCUCUUGAUUUUUUUGAAAGUAAUCUACGACUUUCUAGGUUGUAUUUUCUUGAUUGCAUAAUUAAUAUCUGUACCAUUUUUUCGCUAAGAUUUUUUUAUUAUGCACUUAUUUAAUUAUUAUAAAAUUCGAAAAAAGCUUUAUUAAAAAAAAACAACAAAAAAAAUAAGAACUUUGGGCGAGACGGCGCUUAAUACGAAAGUGUACAAAAAUAUGUACAAUUUUUUACAUGCCAAUUGUAAAAUUGUAAUUUAUAAUGUAGGUAUUGAAAGAAAAAAAAAAGUAUAGUCAAUAGUCCUUCGCAUGCUGUUAAAAUUUAUGCACUUUCUUACAUUAUUCCAAAGAUGAAGAAGAAGAAAAAAAAAAUGUGUAACGUUUUCUCUGUAAUAAACACUACAUCAUUAAAUGACAAA